CACUGAAAUGGGAAGUUUUCCCAUGAAUCGCAGCGUCGCAGUUUGGUGUCUCUGAAGGCAGCUUAGGUUGCUUCCGCGUUCGCUGAAUGUACAGUGUAGAUUAUAGCUCAAACUUUAUAAGGCAAACUAUGUCUAUAACAGAUUUUAAAACCUUAUCAGAUCUAAAAGGUCAUAUGGCCAUUGAGCGCUCGAACUUGCUUAACAUGAUGAAACUCAGCAUUAAAGUGCUGAUUCAGUCUGCUGUGAGCUUGGGCAGGAUGGUGGAGUCUGAUUAUCCUCCCCUUCAACAAUUCUUUGUGGUCAUGGAGCACUGCCUGAAACACGGACUUAAAGCUAAGAAGACAUUUAUUGGACAGAGCAAAUCAUUCUUUGGUCCAUUGGAACUGGUGGAGAAACUUUGUCCAGAGGCCUCAGCUAUUGCAUCAAGUGUAAGGGACCUCCCAGAACUUAGGACAGCAGUUGGAAGAGGCAGAGCUUGGCUUCAUCUUGCUCUUAUGCAGAAGAAGUUGGCAGAUUAUAUGAAGGUGCUUGUAGAUAGAAAAGAUCUCCUGAGUGAGUUUUAUGAUCCUGGUGCUUUGAUGUUAGAAGAGGAAGGAGCAGUAAUUGUAGGACAUCUUGUAGGUCUGAAUGUUAUCGAUGCAAAUCUUUGCUUGAAGGGAGAAGAUUUGGAUUCCCAGGUUGGCGUUAUUGAUUUCUCGCUGUAUCUUAAGGACUCACAGAGCAGUGACAGUGGAAAUUUAGAUGAAGAAAUGACUGCUGUCCUUGAUCAGAAGAAUUAUGUAGAAGAACUAAACAGGCAUUUAAGUUGUACUGUAGCCGACCUUCAGGGGAAGAUGGACCUGUUGGAAAAAGUCAAUUCAAAACUGAUGUUUGAGCUUGCAUCGGCAAAUGAUCGGAUUCGAUCCCUGCAUAAAGAGCAAGAGGAGCUAAAGGAAGAAAAUAUUGCAAUUCGUAAAAGCAGUGAAAGGAAGGUGGAGGUAACUAAGCAAGACACAAUUGUAGAGCUAGAAACUUACAAACAGUCCCGUCAAAGUCUGGACGAAAUGUACAAUGAAGUCUGGAAGCAACUAAAAGAAGAAAAAAAGCUUCGCUUGGACAUGGAAAAAGAACUUGAAUUGCAAGUGGGUAUGAAACAAGAAAUGGAAAUUGCAAUGAAGCUUCUAGAGAAAGAUAUUCAUGAAAAGCAGGAUACACUUGUUGCUCUGCGACAGCAACUUGAUGAAGUCAAAGCUAUUAAUCUUCAGAUGUCUCAUAAACUACAGAAUUCUGAAACCUUAAUACAACAGAAGACUGAAACAGUCAGUUCCUUAGAAGAGAAGACAAAACAUAUGAUACUGGAAAUGAAACAAAUGGAAGAAAGGCUUCAGCAGUCUGAGAAGGCUAGAAAGGCAGAAGAAGUAAAAGAUAAAACCAUGAAACAGGAAUUAACCAGCAAAAUUGAAGUUUUAGAACAGCAACUGGGACACCUUGACAAACAUUGUGCAUCUGUGGAGAAUGAACUCAAAUCAGAGAAGGAACAGAGGCAAAGACUACAGCAGGAGUUGGAGCAAGAGCGGGAGAUGUCUGCUCAGCUCAAAGCACAGUUACAGCAACUACCUGGGUUGCAGCAGGAACUACAGAAGUUACAGGCUGAGAAGAAACGGUUACAGUUGCGCUGUGAAGAACAGGAACAAACACUGCAGGAAAUGGGUCUCCAUCUUAGUCAAUCCAAACUGAAAAUGGAGGAUAUCAAAGAAGUAAACAAAGUAUUAAAGGGCAGUGCCUGGUUAAAAGACGAUGAAGCAGCAAACUGCAAGCAAUGUGAAAAGGAGUUCUCUGUUUCAAGAAGAAAGCAUCAUUGCAGAAACUGUGGUGAUAUUUUCUGCAACAACUGUUCUAGCAAUGAACUUCCGCUGCCUUCAUAUCCCAAGCCUGUACGUGUCUGUGAUACCUGUCAUACUUUGCUUCUACAGAGGUGCACACCAGCAUCAUGAACCAAGUGGUGGUCUGCUGCAGAGAACAUACAGUCAUAGUACAACCAGUAAAGCAAAAAAAAACAUCUUCAAGAAUGGCAGUUUAUUACUUUUUGCCAAAGACUGUGGUAUAUCAUACAUUCCUGUUCUGGUUAUAGUUUCAUUUGGAACAAAAUGGGCAGGUUGUCAGAUUUGCUGUAAAUAUUUUGGGACAGCUGCUGUUUGUAUAUCAGUCUAAUGGUGUAGUUCCUCAGUGCUUUUUUGAUUUCAGAAAUGUCUUAAUGUCUUUCAUUUUCACUUUGCAGAAUAAAAAUGCCAGGUCUUCUGCAUUGUUGUUAAAUGUAACAUUACAAGCAUUUUUUUCUUCUCUUUAAUGUAAUGCAAUGUACAACACAAAAAAAAUGUAUCAGUUUAACAGAAGUAACAGUAAUUUGUUUUGUUACAGUUUGAACAAUUUUGUAGUCUUUUUAGCCUAGCUGUGUGGCAUAAAGGGAUAAAGUCCUGACUAUGACCAGUCAAUAGUUAUUGCUAAUAGCAUCUGGGGAGGAUAUGAGUGGCCAUUUUCAGCUUGCCAUCUUGCAGAAGACAGAGAGGUGUUCCAAAUUACUGUAAUGUAGACACCUAAGCAGUAGAAGUCAAAGAAUGCUUUUGCGUGAUUCCUGUCAAGCUAUGUAUGUGGUAGUCUUCAUGGGGUGUGUGUGGGAAUGUGCAUGCCCUCAUGUGGAAGAUACUGCAUAUACUCAUAUCUGAGGAGUUAAGGUCAUACGUAAUAAAAAAAAAAAAAAAAGAUGGCUUCUUGGAUGGUAGCCUUCAACAGUUGACCACUUCACCAGGUGAAGAGGGGUCCAGAUCACUGAAGGGAGUGCUAAUGGCUGGAAGGCAAAGAGGUUAAAAAAACUAAAAAAAAAAAAAGAAAACUGUCAUUUUUACUUCUGGCAAAUAAUCUGGUUGCCUCUUACUUAUAUCAAGUAUUUCUGUUGACAGUAAGUUGUCAUUAUGAAAAACCUUUCUGCAGUCCAUACAUUCACAAUUUUUGUGUGUUAAAUAAUAUAUGUUCUUAAAACUCUACUGAAUAGUUACAUAAUUUUUUAAAACAAUAUAGUAUUUGAAAAAUAAUGAAUGUGCCUUCACUGCAUUACUGCAGUAAUAAGUAAAAUAUAAUAUUUAGUGCAUUAAGUACUUACAUUUCUGGGAGAAUGUCUGAAUAUAGCUUAGUUAUUUGUACACUGACAUCUGUGUUCCCCUUUUGUUUUGAGGGGAUAUGCAUUGUUAUAUGAACACAGUGUUAAACUACUUGAAACAUAGACACACUUUGUGUACUUAAUCUGCAGAGUGUAACUGGUGAUGGUUAAGAAUGUUGGACUAUAAGUACUGUGCUCUGUGAAAAAGGUAUGUGUGUACCAGAUGCAUCCCAAUUUAAACAUAUCCCCUAUUAGUGUUAUCUACAAUCUAUAUUUUCCUUAAUGACAUUUGUAAUGGGACUUCUGUCUCUGUAGCCCCCAUCUAGUCCUUAAAUUGGGGACAUUAAUGAUGGUGACUCCCAUCUAAGUAGUACGGGGAAAUGUGUUUCUGUUUUGUCUCCUGUAAAACAGUUUUGACAAUUGGAUUGAGAAGAAACAUAGGCACCUAUUGCAGAAUCAAAUUACCCUGUACAGUAAACUAAAAAUUCUAAGUAGACUUAUGUUAAAAUGCAACUAAUACAAAAAAAAAAUAAAUUAUCACUUUCACUCGACAGUACCUUGACAGAUUGCCAGUAAGUAAAGUGGGGUUAUACAGUUCAUGUAUUGUAGCCUGAUAUUCUUAACAACUGUUAUGCAAUUAACAUGUUUCUGUAACUAAUGUGUUUCUUCUAUGCAGUUUUGCACAUCUGCAGCAGCUUUUUUAAUAAACUCUAUAUUUGUUACAUUGUGAA